UUCUGUGGCUGAGCUGGGAAUCAAACCCUACUCUUCAGAGUCAUAGUCCAACACUCAACACUACGCCACACUGGCUUUAAUAUUAAAACCCCACAUUCUCAAUUAGACUCAGAAAGAAACUGGCAAUUUCUCAGUAAUAUGAUGAUCAUGCCAUGCACCAGUUAACAGUUUAGUUGCUGCAUGUUGGAACAUCUGAAGCUCUUGGUCACUCUUCAAGGGUCACCCCAGGUAGUGUACUUGGCAGUAACCAAGAUGUGAAGUCUCAAUGACUACUUGAUCAUGGCAAUUCCAGUUGGUAAUAAAAUGGCAGUGAAGCCUUCUGAACACCAGGUACUGAGGCAAAAACAAAAGAGGAAUGCUGUUGUCCCAGCUUUCUACUUGCAAAUUUCAUGGAGUUGUUUGGCUGCCCAUUGUAGGAAUUUGAAUGUUCAACUGGAGUCAAAGGUCAUGACAAAGCUAGAGAGUACAAGGUGUGGUGGCGGCCUGAGCCCUAAAAUACUGAUCAGUCCUUUGCCUGCACAGUUGCUGCUGCAGUACAAGAACAAUUUCACAGAAUGCACACUAGUCACUCAGGGUUAUAAACUGAUUCCAAGGCAGUGGUGGGUUGAGCACCAGACCCUAAAAUUACUUCUUCAUCCCAUUCUUGACCCAAAAUUUUCUUCAGUGCCAUGCUAUGCAUUGAUUUUUCCCAUCUGCUUAGAUGUUUGUAGAAAUGAACUGACAAAGCAAAUAUUUACCCAUAUUAUUUCUUCACACUGUGCAGAAUUAACUUACAGAGUUGAUAGUAUUGAGAUAGCUUCAGCUUGAGAUGAAUAUAUGAAAUGUUAGGGGGGGAAAUAUGAGAUGUUACGGAAAAACAAAUAAUUAUUUCAUGCCCUGGCUAGACUCCUAAAUUCAUUUCUCCCAGAUCCAUAUUUAUUCUUCCCCAGCAAAGCAUUCAUUUAUUGUUCCCUUGAACAGUUAUUAAGGGAAACUAAACAUAAUUCGUAUGAGGAAAUCCUAUGUGAGGUCUCAUAUAUGUGCUCCUAAUAUUCAUUGUCCCAAGUGUUGUUGUUGUUGUUGUUGUGUGUAUAUACUUGGAAAUCCAUGAACUGCACUAAAUGAAAUUAUUUCUGAUAUGCCAGUGUGGUACACAGUGCUCAGAAAAUCACUGUUCAAAAGGUCAUAAUCUGAAUGACUGCUUUCACCAUUGAGAUUAUUUAAUGGAGAUCAGAGAAUUAAAUACAAUAUAUUGUCCAAAGUCCUUCCUGCAAUCGAAAUCAGAUUUAAGUAUGGAUAAAAUGGUAGUUCCAUAAAGUGCUGAGGGGGAAAAACUUGGCAGUAAAUAAUAUGUGAGAUACAGUUCUUUAAAUCUCACAGUGUUUUGUGUGAAAUGUAUCACAACAGACAUUAUUACAGAGUUUUAAAUUAAACUUUUUUGAAAGCUUGCUUUUUGAAGCUUCAUAUUUGAUAACAAGAGCCACUGUGGUAUAGUAGUUUGACUGUUGGGUUAGAACUCUGGGAGAGAAGGGUUCAAAUUUCCACUCAGCCAUGGAUGCCCACUGGUUGAUUUUGGGCAAAUCAUACUCUGAGCCUUAGAGGAAGGCAGUGGCAAAUCUUGAAUCAAUCUUGCCAAGAAAACCCUAUAAUAAGUCACACUCUCUCAGCUCAGAGAAAGGCAAAGGCGAAUCUCCUUUGAACAGAUCUUGCCAAGAGAACCUUAUAGUAGGUACACCUUAGGGUAGCUGUAUAUCGGAAACAAUUUGAAUGCGCACAACAAUAACAACAAAAAUAGUGUAAUCUAAGGAGUCUUUCUGAUGUCUGAAUAGUUUUAAGAUCCAAACCACAAUGUACUGUAUAGCUACAUUUAAAUUUCCUUCCCUGUUAGAGCUGAUACAGGUUUGCAUCCAGAAUAUCUUUCCAGUUCCCUGAACAUCAUCACGUCUCCAGAAGUCUUUUUAGUUCUUUGAGAUCUGAGUUCUGAGUCUGACCAAUAGAAAGAGAUCACUCUGGAAACCACUGCCAUGACUGGAAUGGUAGUGGUAGUGGUUUCACCAAAGACCUGGGAUAAAAGGAGCUUAUGGACUUAUGACCAUAGGAUUGUUGUCUAAGUUGAAUUGUUAGCGAGUAUGGUCUGUUCUGCUUUGGUCUGAUUUUACCUGGAAUAUUGUGUCCAGUUCUGGGCACCAUCAUUCAAGAAGGAUAUUGACAAACUGGACAAGUCCAGAGGACAGUGACCAAAAUGAGGAAGGAUCUGGAAACCAGGCCCCAUGAGAGUGGCUUGGGAAGCUGGGUAUUUUUAGCCUGGGGAAGGUAGGGUUAGCCAUGUUUAAAUAUUUGAAGAGAUGUCAUAUUGAGAAUGGAGCAAGCUUGGUUUUUGAUGAUCCAGAGACUAGGACCAAUGGCAUCACAAGGAGGGUGCAAACCACACCGAGUGACGCCCCAAAAGAGGGAUGACACUUAGUUGAGCGCAGCCCUGCCACACACCAUUCUGCUUAUGAGUACAGCAGCGUGUGGCAACAAAGGAGAGUACAGCACACUCUCCACCUCCCUGCCACAUACUGUUCUACUCAUGAGUAUAGUGGUGCAUGGCACUGAGGUGAGAGGGUGAGGCCUUUUGGCUCUGCCCCCGCAGAGGCAUCCCCCCCGGGUGACACCCUGGGCAGUAAUGCCACUGACUAGGACACAGAGCAGUGAAUUCAAACUGCAGAAAAAGACAUUCCACCUAAACAUUGGAAGAACUUUUCGAUAGUAACAGCUGUUCAGUAGUGGACUAUGUUGCCUUGGAGUGUGGUGGGAUUUUUUAAAACAGAGACUGGAUGACCAUCUGUCAGGGCUGCUUUAAUUGUGUAUUCCUGCAUGGCAGGGGUUUGGACUGGAUGGCCCUUGGCGUCUCUUCCAAACCUACCUAUGAUUGGGCCUAGGCAAGUGGCAAUUUUUGUGUGUGAUUUCUUUCUUUUGGGGGGGGGGGGGGUCUUUUUGCUAUCCAUGCAUUUAGUCUAGAGUUGGGCAUUUGACAAAAAUGACUUGCUCAAAUAAAGGGCAAAUAGUUUUGAAGCAUUAAUGCUACAUUACAGUUCCUGCUUUGUUCUGUUCUCUGGGUCCUUGUUAUAUUCCUUUAAGUCAACUCCAAACUAAUGCGAUCUUAUCAUGGUGUUUUCUUGACAAGAUUUAUUCAGAGGACGUUUGCCAUUGCCUUCCUCUCGCUAUAGACUACAUCACUUGAUAUUCUCUAAUGAUCUCCCUCCUAAGUACUAAAACAGGCCUGACCCUGCUUAGCUUUCAAAAUCACACAGAAUCUGGCACCUUCAGGGGUGCAUAGGACUGCAAUCUAACUAUUGAAAAAAAAUAUUAUUCUCAUUACUUUUGAUAUUAAAAAAACAUGAGCUUUUACUGUGAAAUAAAACAUUUUAAACACUGUAAUGAAUUACAAUUUUUAAAGAACAUUAGAGAAGGAUUUAGCAAUCAGAUUUAUGUCUUAGUGUUUUAUUUUAGUGUAAUCGUUACAACGAUCCUGUAAAGUAAGCCUCUGUGUAGUUCUGAUGUGAAAGUGAGUCGAUUGUCUAAAGCUAACCAGUGAGGUGCAAACAACUUACUUUCUGGGAACUUCUCAACUUACAGCCCAGUUGCUUUCCACCAGUCCAGUCUUCAAAGGCAUUUUCAGCCAUGCAUUUAUUCUCUGGCUUCAGCCGCAUGCAUACAUUUUCUGCCACACACCACAUGCAAAGAUCUCUUUUUUGCCCAAUAGCUAAAAUAUAUAAAGACAAAUGCAGCUAGAUGUUAUCAAGUGGUUAUGUAGCAUAUGCAUGUUCCUGUAAAGUAGAGGCUGCCUAUGCAUUUGCAAAGUCUGAAAAUAAUAUUUUCUCUGUUGAUUUAUGUAAAGGCACUUAUUUUAAAAUGAAUGUACAAAACAGAUUUGAUUUUAAGAAAAAGGAAGUCAGAAUAGAAUUUAUAUAAAUAAUACAAAUGUGUUCAGUGCAAUUUCCAAAAUACGGCUUGUGGUAUUUCGGUUAUACACUAUGUUGCAUGAAUUUUGUCUUAGAGAUCUAGUCAUAUUUUCAAUUGCCUUGAAUGUUAAGGAUGUAAUAUUUAAUACUGAAGACAUAAAUGAGGUUAAUUAAGGCAAACAAGUUUUUUAGAUACACAUUACACCCUACAGCUGUUGUUGUUGACUCUACAGGACAUGUGCAUAUGGAGUAAUCAAAUACAUUUUUCUGAACUCUUGUUAAUAUAGUGUCAAAAUUCUUGGCAGUUUUUAAAGUACUGUAAUUUAAUCAUUAACAUGCAAUAGCAAGAUCUUACUGGACUUGGUCUUCUCUGCAUGGGAAGACGCUAGUACUGGCUGUUUCCAUGAUGUACGGCAAUUUCCAAUGAAAUACUAUGGGUUUCCCAGUUAACAUGACUUUGCCCCAGAGUUAGCAAAGUCGUGGGAAGCCCCAGAGUUUCCCUGAAACCUCAGGUUUACUGUGUCGUUUUGUGAUGUGUGAUCAGCUAGAUCAGGCUCAAUUUGGGCCAGACAGCUAUUCACAUGGCAGGUGUCACGUCAUUCUCCUUCCCCACAAAAGAUGAUGGUCUCUCCCUAGAGUCACUGCUGCCUUAUAUGACUGAUGUUAUCUGUUGUAGCACUCUCACACAACUGCUCAUUUGUGGGGAAUUCCCUGCUCUACUGUCCCCUGCUUUUGGGUGGCUGUAAUAGGUGGGGACAGGGAGUAUUUCCAUGCAGAAGCAUGAAAUUAGAUGACAUUAGAAGCAUUACAUUAGACAGAUACUAAUCUGUAGUUGGAGUUCUUUCCACUUACCUGGGAUUGAGCAUCACUCAACUCAGUUGAACUUUCAUCUUACUUACAUGUUAAGAAAGUGUUUCUCUGCAUGUCCUAUCACCAAAAACAGUUUUUUCUUGGCUGAGCACCAACUCAGUUGCUAAUUUUCUGACAUACUACUAUCCUCUCACUAACACUCCUUCCCCCAUGCAGUGUUUAUAUAUGUGUGUGUGUAUGUGUGUGUGUGUGUUUAGGAGUAUGCCACUAGAAUUAUGGCAUAAUUAGUAAACUUUACACAAGGAUCAUAGAGAAAACUAGAACAGUUGUACUGAAAUGCAGGUUCUGUUCACUAGAAUUGCUUAUCCACUGAACCGUUCAUAUGUUUUUUUAAUUUCCUAGUUAAAAACAUAUGAAAUGGCCAGUGAGAAAUUAAUCCUACAGUAUUUGCCAGUGAAUAGUAUAAAGACCAUAGAAUGUUUAAAAUUACAAAAUAAAAUGAGGAACUGGCUGAUGAGAUCAGUCAUUCAGAAAGAGAAAUAGGAAUUAAAUAUACUGUAAUAGGAAAGGGGAAACCCAUAUAAUUGUGUGGCUUUCUCUGCUGUUUCACUGUUGAUGUUUCUCAGGCCAUAUCCUCAUGCACAACCUGUAAGGUCAAAAAGGCUGGUGUUGUUGUUGUUGUGUGCCUCCAUGUUGUUUCUGACUUAUGGCAUAAGGUUUUCUGAGGCUGAGAGUUCGUGACUAGCCUAAGGUCACCCAGUGGGUUUUGAGUGGGGAUUCAGACCCUGGUCUCCAGAGUCAUAGUGCAGUCUUUAAACCACUAUGCCAUGUUGGGUCAAGGCUGAUAUACCGAUGCUAUAAGUUGGAAAUAGUUACCGAUGAUCUUAUUUUAAAAACCAUUAUUCUAGGUUGUACCUGCACUGCAGAAAUAAUGCUAUUUGACACUGCUUUAACUGUCAUGGUUCUGUCCUACGGAAUCUCAGGAUUUGCGUUAUUUAAAUAAACUGCAUUAUUUCUGUAGUGCACAUUAGACCUUAGUCCAAAUGUUUGCAUAUUGCUUUGCAUUUUUGUUCCGUCUGUGUCAAGGCCUGCAAUCUUCCAGUCACUUGUUUGACAUUAAUACCUAUUAAGGUUAAAUACAUAUUUGGUGAUGGUUAAAUACUUUAUCACAAAAACUGAAAGCACAAAAAGUAGUAAUGCUGUAUGACUUACACAGAUAAAAUGUGCUCAAAUAGUACAAAUUAUUCACUCCACCCCAGUUCCCCCCCAAACUGAAUGAAAUUCAGUCCUGAGCGGUAUUAAUGUGUUAAGACUGAUCCAUCUCAAGAGCCAGUGUUUAUUAGGCUAAUAUCUUCAGUAGAAACAACUUUUUUAAAAAACAAGGUCUGUAUGUUCAGACUGAGGAACACUGGAUUUCAAACUUUUAUCAAAAUUUGAAAAACUUGAUUCACAUGUAACACUGCAGUCUGACAAAAACAUGUAAACCUGACACAUAACUGGUCUUUCUCAUUCACUUUAUUUUAUGACCUUGUUUCUGUCUGUACUUCUUUUGUGUAAAUCAAUUUUGGAAGACGUCAUGUAAUUUUUCUUGGAAUAAUGUUGUAUUGCAAGUGAAUCCUUCAUUUUUAAUACGCAUUUCUGUUCCUGUCAUUCAGGUCGUCUAGUAGGUGCUUUGGAUGCUGUGCUCGAUUCUAAUGCACGUGUUGCUCCAUUUCGAAUUUUGCUGCAAGUGCCAGGAUCACCUACUUACUCUGCCAUAGCAUGUGGCAUUAAUAGCAGAAGAAACCAGCAGUAAGUUAGCAGAGCAGGAGGAAGAUCCUGAGAAGUUCAGAGAAGCAUUGGUCAAAUUUGAGACCCGAUUUAACUUUCCUGAAGCAGAGAAACUGAUUACCUUUUACUCAUGUUGCUGCUGGAAGGGCAAAGUUCCUCGACAGGGAUGGCUUUACCUGAGCAUCAAUCACCUCUGUUUCUAUUCCUUCUUUUUGGGCAAGGAAUUAAAACUUACCAUUCCUUGGGUUGAUGUCCAGAAACUGGAGAGAACUUCCAAUAUAUUAAUGACUGACAUUAUCCGCAUCACUACUCAAAGUAAAGAACGCGAUUUCUCCAUGUUCCUUAAUAUUGAUGAGGCAUUCAGGAUAAUGGAACAGUUGGCAGAUGUGACUCUCCGCAGGCUACUUGAUAAUGAAAUCUUUGAACUGGAUCCAGGUUUGCAAGACCCUACUCAGAUCACCAAGAGGGACCUUGAGUCCAGAGCACGGAAUGAGUACUUCAGAGCAUUCUUCAGGCUACCAAAGAAAGAGAAGCUGCAUGAAGUUAUGGAUUGUUCCCUGUGGACUCCUUUUAGCCGUUGUCACACACCUGGAAAGCUAUUUGCUUCAGAUAGCUAUAUCUGUUUUGCUAGUAAGGAAGAUGGUUGUUGUAAUGUUCUAAUUCCACUUCUAGAGGUGGCCAGUAUUGAAAAGAUGGAAGACACUAGCCUUCUUCCCAACCCCAUCAUUAUUAGCAUCAAAAGCAAGACAGCCUUUCAGUUCAUUGACCUGAAGGAGAGGGAUAACCUGGUGGAGAAUCUACUUCUGAGACUGAAACAAGUGAAGGCCAGUAAUCCAGCACUCCAUAACAGUUCAAAAAGCAAAGAUAUGAAUUCGCAUUCAGCACAUACCAACUAUGAAUUUGGGGACUUUGGAAUAGUAGCUUCACAAAGGAAUGAAAAUGACAGGGACAACAGACACCUGCUGAAUGCAGAGGCACUGAGUUCAGCAUUUCAUCCUCCUGCAGUGGAUGGUCUGGACUUCAGGAUGUCUAGGGAACAAAUCAAAGAGAGCCUGUGGAAUGAUCAUUUCACUGAGUAUGGCAGAACCGUCUGUAUGUUUCGGACAGAAAAGAUUAGGAAACUAGUUGCUAUGGGAAUUCCAGAAACUUUACGAGGCAAACUGUGGCUCCUUUUCUCAGAUGCUGUGACUGAUUUGUAUUCCCAUCCUGAUUACUAUGAGAACCUAGUGGAAGUGUCCAUGGGCAUGUGUUGCAUAGCAACAGAGGAAAUAGAACGUGACUUGCACCGCUCAUUACCUGAGCACCCAGCCUUCCAGAGCGAAACAGGCAUUGCUGCACUGAGAAGAGUGUUAACAGCUUAUGCACAUCGAAACCCAAAAAUUGGGUACUGCCAGUCCAUGAAUAUAUUGACCUCUGUCUUGUUGUUGUAUGCCAAAGAGGAAGAAGCCUUUUGGUUGCUUGUUGCUGUGUGUGAGAGGAUGCUUCCAGAUUAUUUUAAUCACCGGGUGAUUGGUGCUCAAGUGGACCAGUCUGUAUUUGAAGAGCUGAUCAAAGAACGGCUUCCAGAACUAGCUGAACAUUUGAAAGACCUUUCCACGUUGGCUUCUGUUUCUCUGUCGUGGUUCCUCACACUUUUUCUUAGUAUCAUGCCCCUAGAAAGUGCUGUUAAUAUUGUAGACUGUUUCUUCUUUGAUGGGAUCAAAGCCAUUUUCCAGUUUGGUUUGGCUAUUCUUGAAGCCAAUGCAGUGGAAUUGUGCAAUAGUAAAGACGAUGGACAUGCCUUGAUGAUUCUCAGCAGGUUCUUAGAUCAUGUUAAGAAUGAAGAAAGCCCUUUACCACUGAUUGGGAACCAGCAUGCCUUUUUUAGUGAUGAUCUGGAACCUUGUCCCACAACAGAGGUAGCAGACCUGAUUCGAGAUUCUUAUGAGAAAUUUGGAGACUAUUCUGUGGAGCAGAUUGAACAUAUGCGCUAUAAACACAGGAUCCGUGUUCUGCAAAGCCAUGAAGAAACCACAAAACAAAAUGUGCUCAGAGUGGUCAUCCCAGAUAUUUCCAUUGUUCCAGAAGAUUUGGAAGAACUGUAUGACUUGUUUAAGAGAGAACACUUAAUAAGCUGCUACUGGGAAUGGAAUAGUGCAGUUAUAAUUCAACGCCAUGACCCAAGCAGACCUUAUGCUGAGCAAUAUAAAAUUGAUUGUCAACAAUUCACAAACCUUUAUAAGCUUGUGUCACCUUGGAUGUGUGGCGAGCAUACUGAGGUUCUGGCAGAAAGAAUGUUCCGGCUCUUGGAUGAAAACAUGGAUCGUCUCAUUGAAUUCAAAGGGUUUGCUGGGUGUUUAGAUAUUAUGUACAGUGGAGAAAUGAAUGAAAAGAUUAAACUGUUGUACAAGUUGCAUAUUCCUCCUGCCUUCACAGAAAACGAUAGGGACAGCCAGUCACCUCUAAGGAAUCCUUUGUUGUCAACAUCAAGACCACUAGUAAUUGCAAAAUCAAAUGGUGACACGAUAGAUUAUCAGAAGCAACUGAAGCAAAUGCUUAAGGAUUUAGCCAAAGACAAAGAUGCAAAAGCAGAAAAAGAACUACCUAAAAUGAGCCAGCGAGAGUUCAUCCAGUUUUGCAAGACUUUGUACAGCAUGUUUCAUGAAGAUCCUGAGGAGAAUGAGUUGUAUCAAGCCAUUGCUACAGUGACUACUCUGCUACUUCAGAUUGGAGAGGUUGGUCAAAGAAGCACAAGCUCAGGUUCAGAUGAGUUUACCGAGGACUUCCAGACUGAGGCAUCUACCUCAGAUCAAGAUGUGGUUUUUACCGACACUGUGAAGACCCCAAAGAAUGAGCCCUUACCAAUGACUGAAGGAGACUGGAAUGUUUCUUUUGAACACAUCUUGGCAUCACUAUUAACAGAACAGUCACUGGUCAACUUCUUUGAAAAAUCCUUAGAACUGAAACCAAAAUUGGAUAAUGCAAAACUAACUCAAUAUAGUUUAAAAACAAAUGGCACAAGCCAGUUAUCACGGGGUGAGACUGAACAUCUAAGUGCACAUUAACAAAUGGCCAAGAGAAUCCCGUUUCACCAAAGCACAUUUUGAACUGUUGUUAUUGGACUCUUUUGAUGCCUUGGUGGUCUGAUCAAUGCAGUUGGAACUUUAAAGCCAAAUUUUUGACACAUUUUCUUCUUGAAUGUAAAUGAAAAAGAAAACAUCUUUACUUUGAAAAUACUGUAAAUGUGUUAACUAGUUCUACACACAAAACUAUUGACAUAUUUGGCUGUCUGCAGGUUUUAUGUAUGAUUGCCUUUUUUGCACUAAUACCGAAGACUUCGUUUCAAUGCUGGUAAUUGAAACCUAAUAUAUUUGACUCAAAGGUUUGUAGGUCUUGCUCUGUUCAGUGUAAAUGGAAGGUGCUUUUCAUGUCUAUUGAGUGUGUGCACUUUUCAAUAAAAGACUCUUUUGCAA